GGAACAGGGCGACACCUGGCAGUUUGCAUUCCUCGGUUUUUGGAUUCAUCUUAUUUUCGCUCGCACGAGAAGACUACACGGCGCAGUUUAUCCACUUCUUGCCUAGAAACGACUCUCCCAUUUCUAAGUCUAAUGUCCUCAUAUCAUAUCAUUUCCUCAUAGAUCUCUCUCCCCAUCCCACCCUCCGAUCAAGUGUGUCAUUUUUAUCUCGCAUGCAUCGGGUGUUCCUCGUGGCGGAUGAACGAACGCCUCAAUGGCUGGCAACCCACCCAAUUCGACCUUCCCGGAACUCAAGGCCUGGGACCCAUCAUUUUACCUACCCAAUUCGAACCUAGACGGCAUAUUACCCUCGAGUACCCGGAGCCCGGAUGCUAGCCAUUGUCACUAGUGGGUAGAAUGGAGACGGGAUGGCCUACUUUAUCGAUGUAUGGCGUUUCGUGUUGCUAGCUGGUGUGUCGCGCGAAACCUGAUGCCACGGGGGUGUAUGACCAGUUGGGGUUCGUCUUCAGUUCUUUUCCGCAUAUGCAUGGCGGCAUAUCGACCCAUUGCCGCCCCUGUCGUCGUCAAUCCUCGCAUCCGUGUGGCUAAAGCAAAUCCCACGUUCCCCAGUUCCAAUCAACGCAUCUCUACCACAUGAAAGAAGCUUAUUUUGAGGGAGAGUCGGGAACCGGGAAUAUUUCGUCAUUCGUCACCAUGUUGAUAUUGGUAUUCUGUGUGGGUGCAUGGCUGUGCGCGAGUGUCUGUCCGUUUCUGUCGAUCUAUCUUGUUAUUAUUAUUAUUUGCUUCUUAUCUCUCGGAUCCCGCCCACGUCUCCACGAGGAAAAAAAAAAGAAACGGAAGCCCAGCCAUCAUACAAAUCUACUUACCUACCUGGGCAUUCGUGGCACAUCUUUUAUUUCUUCCGAUCGGAUCCCCAAUUAUACCUACUUCUCCAUCAAUUUCAGCAGCAUAAAAUGAACGGGCGGAGCAUAUUCUGGCGAUGAGAAAAUGGAUCGGGGCUGGAAAAGACAAAAAAGACUGGCGAUCUCUAUUAAUUACUAUCCCUACCACCUAUCCCCGACACCUUUAUACAUGCUAGUCACCUGCAGAUGGGCUUGGCAUUGGAUUAUUUUUCUUAUUAGCAUUUUGGGGUUUUUUUUUUUUUUUUCAGUCUGCAUGCUUUAUUAUUUUGCUCUUUUUUUCCGUUUUUUUUUGUUUUGUUUUACAAGAAUACCCACGAGUAUUUAAUUAACCCUGUCCCUCAACAGCGGGCCGGCCGGUACAGCAUAUUGGAAGAGGGCACCCAUUGGAAGAGAAGUAGAAAGGGGGAUGCGCAUCAAAAGAUUGUUUAGGUCACCCUACUAUUUUGCACCACAAACCACAGACAGGCGCCGUGGUUUUCUAUUGUUCAUCUCGUAAUCCGAGAAUGAACAAAGUUUAUGACAUAUUAGAUCCCAUAGAGAAUCUUACGAACAUAGUAUUAUACCCUCUCAACCGAGUAAAUCUCGAUGCCUUCACCUCUGCAAUUCCGAACUCCCUACGUACCUGGCUGCUCACAAACUUAGGUAAUCUACUGAUCUAGGUAGGUACCUAGGUAGUUACCAGUGGAACCGU